CAAGAGUAUUUUUUAUCCGCUCUCUCUAUCUACACUUCUUCCCCGACUCCGAGAGCGUGAGGGCAACACCGCAACAGACCUUUGAACCGGCCCAUGCGAUCUCAUGGAUUACGGGAUUCACAAUAGCCACCAUCUCGACGCUGCGCCUCAAACGCUGGUGCAGCCACAUCCCCAGCCCCAGCCCCCGCCGCCGCAGGCUGCGGCUGCGCAUCUAUACUCGGCAUACUAUUCCACCGCAAAUCCCAAUCCUUACCCUAAUCCGAUUGUCAGACACGAAGAUGCAUCUUCAUCCUCCCUUGUCUUCGCCGACGGCGGCGUAGCCCAGGCUGCAGAGCACUAUGCUGUGGAAAGGGGAUUGGACGGUCAGGCUAUGACAUAUGGCGCUUAUCAGCCACAUCAGCACACCGAUCCGUACGCUUAUGCGCAGGCCUUAGCAGCGGCGUCAUUGCAGCAAGCUAAAAGAAAGUUGAAGAUCCGCUCAACUAUUUAUAAUUUGGAGGAAAAGAAGCAGAGAAUUAUUGAAGGAGGUGCAGCAGCUGAUGAAGUAAAAGUAUGUACAACGUGCAAUGUAGUUUGCAACAGUGCUAAAGUAUUUGCAUCACACCUUGCAGGAGAAAAACAUGCUCUUAAGGCCUUGGGACCUAAUUAUCGUACUAUGGUGCCAAAAGUAAUGGCUCAUUUAAAGCAAGUGAAAUAUGCCAAAAAGUCAGUUCCCAACAAAAGAGCUGGUCUUGGUUACAUUGCUGCUCCCAAAAUUGUUGAAAAUUUUUCUUGUGAAGUCUGUAAGAUUGAAUGUAAUAGCCAAGAGACCUUCAACACUCAUAAAAUGGGAAGAAAACAUAAGGCAAAUCUACUAAAAUUGCAGGAAAAAAUUACUCCAAAGCCAUCUGCUGCUACUAAGAAAAAUACAGUUGGUCAAGAUCAAACUAUAAAUGUGGAAGCGGUGAAGAAACCAUCUUCAAUUAAAGAGGAUUUGCAGACCAAGAAGGAUAAGGUUGUUCAGGGAGGUGCUGCUGAAGAGGCUAUAAUGGUAUGUGCUCUUUGUGAUGUUGUUUGCAAUAGCAAAGCCGUUUAUGACUCACAUGUUAGUGGGAAGAGACAUCUUGCUAUGGUUAAGAAGCAGGAGACUCAAGUUUGAACCAGUUCGCUCAUGGCCGAAAGCUCAACUCAGCUUUUUGAUGGAAUGAUCUUUCUGCUUUCAAUUUCUUCCAUUGGCCAAUUUCCUCAGCCAGAGACAGUAAACCCUAUUACAUUCAACUCAACGACUACAUUCACAGAUUGUGUUUUGGAGCAUUUUAUACUUUAGCUAAGUUUGUCUUUUGAUAUCAAUAUAGUAUUUUAGUUGUUUAUCCUUCCAAAGUGAUUCUGAACUUUUUACUUAGUGAACUUGUUUGGGCUUUCUGGUGCCUGAAUUAUAUUGGCGAGAGGCAUUUGAUGUGAAUCAGCUGUACUCAACGGUUAUUAACAGUCCACAAUCAAUGGAGUUUUAUAGGCAUCAGAACAUUGCAAAGGUAACAACUUUUUUGUCAAAGAAUUUUUCAUUGUUUUGAUA